GGGGCUUGCGCCUGCGCAGCGGGCAGCUUGGGGAGCGGGGCAGGUUUAUAUCUGCGGGGGAUCAGCUGACCCUCUGCAUUGCAGACUGCGGAGUCAGGCGGCGCCAUGUACUCUCUCUUCGUGCUAGCCAGCCUCAUGGGCGCUGCUCUAGCCAGCCCUGUCCUGGGCCUAACAGACUGCACCAGAGGCUCAGCCGUGUGGUGCCAGAAUGUGAAGACAGCCGCGGACUGCGGGGCCUUGAAGCACUGUCUGCAGACCGUGUGGAGCAAGCCGACCGUGAAAUCCCUGCCCUGCGACAUAUGCAAAGACGUCAUCACCGCAGCUGGCAAGAUGUUGAAAGACAAUGCCACUGAGGAAGAGAUCCUUGUCUACCUGGAGAGGAUCUGCGACUGGCUACCUAUGCCGAACAUGUCUGCCUCGUGCAAGGAGAUGGUCGACUUGUACUUCCCAGUCAUCCUGAACGUGAUUCAAGUGCAAAUGAGCCAUCCUGGGGAGGUGUGCUCCUCUCUCAAUCUCUGCAAGUCUCUCCAGAAGAACCUCGCAGAGCUGAAUCACCAGAAGCAGAUCGAGUCCAAUAAGAUCCCUGAAGACGUGAAUGAGAUGGUGGCUCCCUUCAUGGCCAACAUCCCCCUCCUCCUCUACCCCCAGGACAUCCCCAAGCGCGAGCCCCAGCCGAAGGCUGGUGGGGACGUUUGCCAGGACUGUAUUAAGAUGGUGACAGACAUCCAGGAUGCUGUAAGGACCAACUCCACCUUUGUCGAGGCCUUGGUGGACCAUGCCAAGGAACAGUGUGACCGCCUUGGGCCUGGCAUGGCUGACAUGUGCAAGAACUAUAUCAACCAGUAUUCUGAAAUUGCUAUCCAGAUGAUGAUGCAUAUGCAACCCAAGGAGAUUUGUGGGCUGGUUGGGUUCUGUGAUGAAGUGAAGGAGAUGCCCAUGCAAACACUGAUCCCUGCCAAAGUGGUCUCAGAGAACGUCAUCCCUGCCCUGGAGCUGGUGGAGCCCAUUAAGAAGGACCUGGUCCACACAAAGUCUGAUGUUUACUGUGAGAUGUGUGAGUACGUGGUCAAGGAGGUGGUCAAGCUGAUUGACAACAAUAGGACUGAGGAAGAAAUCAUCAAAACUUUAGACAAAGUGUGUUCAAAAUUGCCAACAUCCUUAUCUGAAGAGUGCAAAGAGAUAGUGGACACUUACGGCAGCUCUAUCCUGUCCAUCGUCCUGCAGGAGGCAAGCCCGGAAUUGGUGUGCAGAAUGCUCCAUCUCUGUUCCUCCCAGCGGCUGCCUGUACUGACUGCCCAUGUGACUCAGAACGGUAGCUUCUGUGAGGUGUGCAAGAAGGUGCUUGGCUUUUUGUACUACAUCCUGGAGAAAAACAGCACAAGUCAGGAGAUCCUGGCUGUUUUCAAGAAAGGCUGCAGCUUCCUGCCGGACCCAUACCAGCAGCAGUGUGACCAGUUUGUGACCGAGUACGAGCCUAUGCUGUUAGAAAUCCUGCUGGCGAUGGUGAAUCCUCCCUUCGUGUGCCAGAAAAUUGGAGCCUGUUCCACUGCCCGUAAGCUUCCUCUGGGAACUGAGAAGUGUGUCUGGGGCCCAAGCUACUGGUGCCAGAGCGUGGAGUCAGCAACACAGUGCAACGCUGUCGAGCAUUGCAAACGUCACGUGUGGAACUAGAAGGAAUGUUCCAUCUUGGAGAAACUACAGCAUCUUUUCCUACUCGGGUCUCUGGGAGAAUGAAUGCACAGAUUUCUUUGUCUUUGUUGUAAAAAUAGGACUUCUUUCCUUCACUCCAUUUCUUAUCUCCCUUGCAGCAUUUCUGUCAGCGUGGGAGGCGACAAGCCUGCUGCUGACAGAGCUGCUUCGGUAUCCCUUUUCUCUCUGCUUGGGGGGUGGGGGUGGGGGUGCUGCUCGCUGGAGUCUUUUAGCCUAUCCUUGCAUGGUGGUUACCUGGAGGAGAGGGUGGUGGAUGUCAGCAUGAACCAGAGCUUCUUGACUGAAGGCUGUCCAUCCCUGUGGCUGGGGCCUUGUUCUGAGCACUGACAGGGGCUUGGGAGCUGGUGAGCUUGGACUUCGGAGACCUUUGGCUACUCUAAGGAGGGACCUUCCCCCUUUCUGGGCCUGAGAACUACUACAAUGUAGUUCUCACUAUACUAGUAGAGAUUUUGGAAGCAGCUGUUCGGGAGAUGUGGGUUGGGCUCAGGUUUGCUAUCCUUGGGUCAGCUCUCCUGUGUCUUCCCUGGUGAUGCCUUGUUCGGGGGUUCUGUAGGUUUGGGUGGGCGGGGAACGUCUGCCCGAAUGUAACCUGCUGGCUCUGUUGAAGGCCUAGCUUUUGUGUGUGUGUGCAGACAGUGCUGACCCUUCAUUGCCUGCCUUUGUGUCUGCCCAGUGCUGAGGCCCUGGUCUGUAUUGUGCUGCUGCCCAGGACUCCCCAGUGCUCUGGGCAGUCACAGCCCCCUCACCUCUGACCUUUCUUUCAUAGACGUCCUUUCUGUCUGGUAAAUGUGGGUCCUUAGUCUCUGGCUUCUAGGUAGAGGCAGUCUGCUGGAUGUGCUGUCUGGAGGCCUUGGCUUCUGCCCUGCCUCUUCUGUUUGGCUGUACCUUCUAGUUGUGAGGGGACAGCAAAAUGUGCAGUUGCUACUAAAUGGACUGAAUGAUUUUUUUGGUUUGUUUUGCAGUAAAGUUUCAGUGACUUAAUAAAGUCUCAACCAGACCUAA